AUGGUGCAGACGCUAGCGCUGCGCGCUACUCAGGAUGGCGUGAUCUGGCCGCGCCGUCCCUUAGUCAGUAGCAAAGGUCUACUCUCCCGCGUAAAGAAUCUUCCAUUAAGCUCAUACGACAAACGAGCGACGACAUUUCGUGCUGUGGCCUUCAAUGCAUCGGGCGAGUUGUUGGCAGCCACUGAUGAGCGCGGCCGCAUAUUUGUCUUCUUCGUAACAGCCAAUCGCUACUCACUUGUGCAGCACCUAGGUGUACCUAUUAUCAGCUGUUGCUUUAGCCCAAAGCGCAAAUCGGAGCUACUCCUUACUUGCGAGGACGAGACUGUGCGCUGCAUUGACGUGCAAUCACAGACACUUAUUAGCACGCUUAAAGGCCACCGAUUCCCAGCUAAGCGUAUUUCCUUUCAAGAAUCUGGACAGCUAGCACUUACCGCGUCACAAGAUGCGGUAAUUUUGUGGGAAACGAAGGACUGGUCGAAGUAUCGAGUUCUCAAUGCAGGACCUGGUGUGGAGGAGGCCUUGUUUGUGUCAAAAGGAGAUCUUGUGGCUGUCUGCUUCCAAGAUGAUACGAUUAUGAUGUGGGAACUUGAGUCGCUAGCACUCAAAUAUCGUUUUUCACUUCCUGAGGCAGAAAAGUCACCAGGACUUCAAAAGAUCGCGGUCUCAGAUGACCACCAAGUGCUAGUGGCCAGUGGUCGAGCUCCGUGUAUCUAUGUUUGGGAAUUUGAAUCACAGACAAUUAUUCGGAUAAUUGAGCUUCCAGCCCCCAUUCAACAGGUUGUCACUCACGCAUUUCUACCAGGACACAAUACUAUGGUCAGCAUCUUAGCAGAUGAUGGAGAAAUUUUUUUUCUUGAUAUUGCUGCAAGAAAUCCGCAGAUUAAAUUAGAGAUCUCUAAUUGUGGCCGAAAAAUCGUUGCUUUUGAUAUUGAGUGUCAUGGCCGUUAUCUUGCUACUACUACAAGCGAUGGCUUUCUUCUUUUGUACGAUAUGGCAAUUACGAGAGAGACUACAGCUCGUGCCUACGAACGACGAAUGAAAGAAGGUUUGACUGAGGAAGGCGAAUAUGCCCAAUUACGCACCCGAUUCGGGCUGCACGAUCCAACAUUAUCAGAACUUGACCCGUCUGACACCAACCAAGUGGCACCAGACUUUAGCCGCCCAGUUCCUUCAAAGCUUAUUGACAGUUUGUUUGGUUUAAAACAAUCAAGACGUACCAAUCGUGCCUUAGAGCAUACACGAAAUGGAACUACAUUGGGUCAAACUAAAAUAACACGUUUACGAUUAGCAAAUACCGAACGAGCACGUGAUCAGGCAAUCAAAGAUUCGUAUGGUAUGACGUCUGGAAAAUCGCAAGAAUUCAAAAAUGCAAACUUAAGGGGCAAUGUGGAAACAAGGCGACCAAGCCCUUUGACUCAGUCUCCCGCUCAACUGUCAGAUAAAGAAAUCGAGGUGAACCGCAAGCGCCUCGUUAGUAGCUUGAAGGUAAAUGGAAAGUUUCCCAAGAAAUACCGCGCCCUCAUUUGGCGUUUUCUUCUUCGCCUGCCCAAAAAUGAAGAAGCAUUUCGAUCUUUAGUUGCAAAAGGCAAACAUCCUACUUUUGUACGGCUAAAGGAGCGCUACCCAUUACAAAACAGUCGCAUCUAUCGCCGCCUCCAUCGCAUUCUGUCGGCAAUUGUUUACUGGUGUCCAGCUUUUGGGGAAGUCAGCUAUUUGCCUGCGAUGGUGUAUCCAUUCGUCAAGAUCUUCAAAGAAAAUGAUCUAGCAGCUUUCGAAGCAAGUAUUUGUGUCCUGCUCCAUUGGUGCGGUGAUUAUCUCAUCAACCUUCCAUGCCCGCCUUUGCUUGCUAUGAGGGCAAUCGAAAGUGAACUUGCUCGAAGGGAUGGUCAGCUACAUGAUCAUUUCACACGCUAUCAAAUUACAUCCGAGGUGUACGCUUGGAGCUUGCUCAAGACGAUUUUUACUGAAGUUCUCAGCGAGGAAGAGUGGAUGUGUUUGUGGGAUUAUCUUUUUGCAUACUCAGAUGCGCCUCAACUGAUUUAUGUAGCUGUAUUGGCGUAUCUGUCGUACUACCGAACAGCUCUCUUAGCUGCUUGCAAUCGCUUGUCAAUCGAACAGUUUUUUCAUCAACAAAACGCGAUUGACAUUCAAAAAUUUGUUCAACUGGUGAUUAAUUUGCGUGAGAAACUAGAUCUAAGCGUAUAUACGGCAAUUAACGACCCUACAGCUACAGAUCAUUCGACUUCCGGUCACAGAUCGUUUUGGCCAUUGUCAAGAGGACAAUAUCCCGCUUUUGCACACUACCCACAAUUUGUAGUAGACUUUCAAAUCAGCGAACGCAAUCGAAUCGCUUUGGAAGAAGCAGAGCUGGCUCGUAAACAAGAUUUACUCGAACAAAUUAAAAAGGAAUCGGAAAAACUUCAAAAGGAGCAUGAAAAUUGGAUGAAGGAACGGGAAGCAAUUCUCAAAGCCGAAGAACAGCGACGAAUGGAAGCAGUUGCUGCUGAAAAAGAGCGAAUACUUCACCUCAAGACACUUGACUACGAGACUCGACAACGGAGGCUUCAACAUCUAAGCACUCUGGAGACCUCUGCGAAUGAGACUUUGAAGGAAACCACAAAACUGUUUCAGACGGAGUAUCAACGCCUGGAAAGCACACUUGCGAUGCAAAAGGAACGGAUAGAAUUUGAGCUGUCGUCUCGUCAGCAGGAAGAAGCGUUACUUCGGGUUGAGUCUGAGACGUACGAUCGGGUUCGAAAUAUCCACAAGCAGCGCGAAAUGGAAGAACGAAUGUCGAAGCUUCGUGCUGAAUUUGAAAGCCGGACGAAACAACAAGAGCUAGAAUAUCUGUUCAGGCUUGAAAGUUGGAAGAGAGAAGAUGAAAAACAGUCGCUUAGAGCGAGAACUGAGUUACGUCGGCGCGAAGAGCUCACACUUUUAAGCUCAGAGAAGCGCCUUCGUCAAGAAUUAGAAAAUAAACUUUUGGAACAGCAGACUCUUAAAGAUAAAGCACUGCUGAAAUUGGAAACUGCGCGAUGCGCUCGCGAACAGAGGCACCAAGAUAAAAGCGAAUAUAUUCAUGACAUUAGCCCUCAGACAACUGAUCACGAUUCCACGCGCAAGCAGACCAGUGGGAUAACAGCUCAUGCACAGAAAGAACAGGAUGAAGACUCUUCACAUCACUCAAACCAAAGUCUUAGUUGUGAAAAAACCGACGGCGGGCAACAAAAUCUAAGAAUUGCUAUCCGUUCUCGUGAUGGUAAUCUCGAUUCAGAAAGUAGUCGACCUUCACGGCAAUGGAAUGUCCCUACUAGUGGUGUCAUUCCAAUCGAGAAAAGCGAAAGCCGUCCGCGUACUCCAGACGACGCAUUCUCCGAUUGUGUCAUUCAGCAACUAUCGCACAGACCACCUAGUAGUGACAGUAGCAUGAGUUUUGCAAGUGCUUCCAUGCGGAGAACGAUGGCUGAAAUGAGUUUACUGGAGAAGGCGUUAGGAAAUGUGAGCAGCAGCAUGAGCAGUAGUCAAAGCGAAAUUAAUAGUGUCGAGAGCCAUGUGAUGGAAAAACUUGUUGGUGUGGAGACACCUUUUGACGAUCGGGAUCGAUUGAAGCACUCGAAGGACAAUUUUCAGAUGCAAGAAGUACAAAGUAAAGACCGUAAUGCAUGGCAGCCAGUUUCACCCCAAAGCGCCCACACGACUCCACAAGCUGCAAAUGAUGGCAUUUUCUCGCCUCUAUCCGUGCAAAAUUCUUCAAGCAAAAGCGUACACGAUGAAGAGGCCCGAAAGUCUCAAGCAGCAAGAGAUGUGAUACCACCGAACUUCAAUGAUAUAUCGGCAUUAAAACCUACACAAGAGCUGUCGGCAAAACGCGAGGCUGGGCCUAAGUUAUUGCGAGAACCUGGUAAAGACUUGUCUACGUCUUCACAUGUCUUGCUGAUGCAAGGUAAAAGUGAUUAUGAUUUACCGCUAGCAACUCGGGAUCACAAUGAAACGAAAGGCGAAGAUUUAUCUACCUUUCGAAGUGUUGGUCGAUCGCAUUGUGAGGAUCAAGGACCUGUUGAUAAUGUUGAGCCUUCCCUCUCUGCGACUAAUCAGGGCAUCAUUCCAUCUACUGCUGAGCUACAGAAAGACAUUGAUUGUGACAGCGAUCAUUCUGCAGAUUCGUCUGUGAAGGACACACUCCAAAGGCCAAUUGCCGAGCUUGAAAAGAGGCUAGGGAUCCAAUUUGAUGACUCGAGCGACGAGGAUGAAGAAGAUGAAAUCAUCGAGGAUGAUUACACCCAUCUGCUCCAGCGUGCCAAGCGGCUGCUGGAGCUUUCAAGUUUUGACAUGGAUAGUGACGAUGAGUUGUGA